CAUUCGCUUUUAUUUUAUUACAGUCAUCCCAUUCAAUCGCCACUGGAGACAACACAACCCCUCGCCCACGCUUCCCCUUCGAGAAUGCCCGUCCCCGUGCAGAACCCCUUCAAGAGCCGCCCGGUAGCCAGUCAACCCUGUCCCCGCGGCGCGCUACCUUGUGACGUCACCGAGGGAAGAGGCGGAUUCUCCUACCACCGGAAGACGUCUGAUUUUUUGAUUGGCUAGCCAGGACGUCCGUUAGGACGUGUUGCGCUUUUGGUGUGCACACCGAGUGUGGGCGGCCCUGUGGGGGUGUGUGGCAGGGGUUUCCAGACCCGGGACCAACAUACCAGCCCCUUCCAUCAGGGGUUCGGCUUAGGGUCGCCCCUGGCGGGCGGCUCUCGAAUCUUGAAGAACAGCACGCGAGCCCGGACCCUCCCGGGGCUGCGGAGGUCGGCAGGAAGAUGGCGGCAGCGUCGGUCUCUGAGACUUCGGCUUCUCAGUUCUCGAACAUCUUAGCAGAACCAUCAAAGUCUAAUGGAUGUAUGGCUCACGAUUCCUCAUCUCCACAUGUAAUAUAUCCACCUGAUAGGCCUUUCCUUAAUAGUGAUCUGCGACGUUCCCCAAAUAAGCCUACAUUUGCCUAUCCAGAAAGCAACAGCAGAGCUAUAUUUUCCGCUCUGAAGAAUCUUCAAGAUAAAAUUCGACGUUUAGAACUUGAAAGGAUUCAGGCAGAAGAAAGUGUGAAAACCUUGUCUAAAGAAACAAUUGAAUAUAAGAAAGUACUGGAUGAACAGAUACAAGAAAGGGAGAAUUCAAAGAAUGAGGAAUCAAAGCACAAUCAAGAGCUGACAUCUCAGCUGUUAGCUGCAGAAAAUAAAUGUAAUCUUUUAGAAAAACAAUUGGAAUACAUGCGUAACAUGAUAAAGCAUGCAGAAAUGGAGAGGACGUCUGUAUUAGAGAAACAGGUUUCCCUAGAAAGAGAACGACAACAUGAUCAAACGCAUGUUCAAAACCAGCUUGAAAAAUUGGAUCUUCUUGAACAGGAGUAUAACAAGCUUACCACGAUGCAGGCCCUUGCAGAAAAAAAAAUGCAAGAGUUAGAAGCAAAACUCCAUCAAAAAGAACAGGAAAGGAAAUGUAUGCAAGCUAAGGCAGCCCAGUUGCAGACUGGUCUAGAAACAAAUAGACUUAUCUUUGAAGAUAAGGCAACUUCAUGUGUUCCCAAUGCAAAAAGAAUUAAAAAAAAGAAGUCAAAACCACCAGAAAAGAAAGGUUCUAGGAACUAUUUUGCUGCACAACCACAUUAUAGAUUAUGCUUGGGUGAUAUGCCAUUUGUAGCUGGAAAGUCCACCAGCCCUAGCCAUGCUGUGGUAGCCAAUGUUCAGCAUGUCUUACAUCUAAUGAAGCAACACAGUAAAGUCUUGUGCAAUGAUCGAGUAGUCAGCAGUGUUCCUCUGGCAAAGCAAGUGUCUUCACGAAGUGGGAAAAGCAAGAAGUCAGCAACGCCUCCCCCGUCUAGCAGCAUUAAUGAAGAGCUGGCAGAAGUCUUAGAGACUUUACAAGAUGAAUUUGGGCAAAUGAGCUUUGAUCACCAGCAGCUUGCGAAACUUAUCCAGGAAUCACCAACCACUGAACUGAAAGACAACCUAGAGUGCGAACUGGAGGCAUUAGUGGGCAGGAUGGAGGCAAAGGCCAAUCAAAUAACUAAAGUUCGAAAAUAUCAAGCCCAGCUGGAGAAACAGAAGUUGGAGAAGCAGAAGAGGGAAUUAAGAACCACCAAAAAGACUCUUGAUGAAGAAGGAAACAGCAGCAGCCGUUCUUCUGCAACCACAGGGACCACAAAUAAGAAGGACUUUGCCAAACCAAGACCUGGAGAAAAAAGCAGGAAAAAUCUUCAGCUAUUGAAGGACAUGCAAACCAUACAGAAUUCAUUACAGAGCAAUAGUUUGUGUUGGGAUUACUGACUGGUACCAGGUCAUAAAUGUUAUUCUCAUAAUCCGUACCUCAUCAAUCAGAUGUUGACAGUUUACUUUCCAGGUCUCAUAGUCUUAUGUUGGAAUUAAUUAAUAGCAGGUAUUAAGGGGCCCAAGCUUCAUUACACAGGCUUCUUGUGUUAUGUAUCACAGCUAAAUGUUAAACCAUCUAAAUGGAAACCAGGGGAGUUUUAAAGGCCAAGAAGCCACACAUACUCUGUUUCUUUGUUUGAGAUGAAUUUGCUGUACUGAGAUAUUGCACUUUGUAAACAAAUUACCAAUUUUUUACUUGUGGGUGUGAUUUUUUUUAAAUAGUUCUAUAUAUCUAAGUAAAAUGAGGUUUAAAUUAUCAAAGUAUGAGGCUGUCCCAUAGGCAGUGUUUGAAGAGUCUCAUUUUUAAAUCUUCCCCUGGCGUGAAUCGCCCACUUCUCCUUUUCAAUGCAACCAUUAAAUGUACUUUGUUUCAACUAUUGAUGGAGGUUUUCUGUAUUUAAAUAUUUAUACAUAUUUAAGAGGAUUGUUUUCUUUUGCUUUUUGACACUUCAAACAUUGAUCAGUGUUAAAUACACCUUUAUCUGUGUUAAUCCACCAUUAAAAAUUUUUGAAGACCGAAGCAUUCAUUUUAAAUCAGUUAACUGUGAAGAUUACAAAAGCAUGUUUAAAACUAUAAACAGACUGUAAAUGAAGUAAAUGAGGUUUUAGAAUGAAGAGAGAACAGGAGGUGUUGUAAAGCAUAUAUGUUCGUAUUUUUAGAUAAUACCUGUUUGUAAUCAUGCUAUUUAUUUCAAGGCAUUAUGGUUUUUAAUCUUAAAACUUAGAAGAACCCCUUGGCUAUUUACUUUUAUUGGUGUACAGUGUGAGUGCAGUAUUAACUGUACACAUGGAAUUGUCAUUGUGUUAAUAAUGUAAAUCAUAAUUUUGAAUAGAUCAAGACAUGUUAACUUUUUAUAAAUUUGCCACUGAAAUCAAUAAAGCAGCUUUUUAAGGAAACACUGAAAUUUUCCUUAACAGCCUGUUAAUAAAGGCUUUAUUUGUUGCAGUCUCUCAAAAAAAUAAUACACUUUUAAAUAGGACAUUAACGUAUUAUGAGAAACAGUAAGAAUAUAUGGUAUUUAAUACAUAAUUUACUUGCCUUUUUCCAGCUUACAUAGAAACUAGGCCCAACAAAACUGGAUUAUCUCAUGGUACAUGUUAAGAUACUCUUAAGAAGAGUACUAAUGAACAUGUUAACUAGAUAUUAAAGCGAUUCCUCUUUUGCCUGCCCUGGGAUUGAAAUGGAGUUCUAGGAUUUUAUCUAGACAACAGCAUGAAUUGUAGUGGCUGGCUGGGCACUAAGCUUGUUAGGCCUUUUACUGAAUUCAUUGUCUACAAAGUUAGUUUUUAAGUAAGUGUCCUUAGAUUUGGGGGUAUUUGUGAAUCUCCUAAAAUUGUAUGUACACUUCUGCUUACAUGUACAGUUUUCUUCCUUAGUAAGCAAGGUAUGCUUACAAGCGGGCUGUAGACACCUGAAUUACACAUUUCGGUACAGUGUGGUGGUGGCAUGUGUACCACAGAGGCGGUGGCACAGAGGGAGGUGAGGCAUGGCAGAGAAGGGAGUGAUGAACAGGGAUCAUUUCCUGGGGAGGAAAUGAUGCCUAAACUCUACAGAAUGGGAAUAACCAAGGGAGAACAGUUCCAGGUCAACAAGGUAAAAUGAACAAAAGCAAGGAGGCAGGAAUCUGCCCUUUAUAUGGGAGAAUUGGGACUAGUUGAGCAGUAGUAGUACAUAAGAGUUGAGGUAUGCCAAUGAGAAUAGAAGGGUAAGCAGACAAGUGACAGGAGGCUCAGGAGCUUCGACUUAACCACACAGGCCUCUAAAUUUUAUAUCCCUGAUCAUAAAGGAAAAGGUACACCUAUGCAACCAAUAUGCAUAGAUAAUUAUAAAGUUAUAAAACAUAGAACUCUCCACUCAAAAGUUUUGUGUAAAUAUUUAAAAAGUGCUAAGACCACCCUCCCAGGCUUCCACACACCUCAAUGGAUUUUUUUUUCUUUUAGAUUUGUUAGCAACACCUUUAUUACAAGUGUUUUUCUUCAUUACAUGCAUUACAGAAUGGGUAUCAUUUGCAUGCACUGAAAUAACACUGCUGAACACAGCUUCAGCUAGCUUUGUUGGAAGUAUCUUUAUUAUGUCUUCUUAAAUACUUAACUACAUGCAUUACAAAAUGGGUGGGUAUCACUUCCAGUCCCUGAAAUGACACUGUGCUGAACACAGCUUGCAAGUAGCUGUGUUAGAAACAUCUUUAUUAUAAGGGUUUUUUUAAAUUGAACAAAUUUGACAUGUAACAUUGUAUAAAUUUCAAGGUGUACAAUGUGUUACCUUGAUAC